AUGAAUGCUUGGUGCAAAAUGUUAUUCUUUAUUUCUUUAUUAUUAUUAAAUGAGCUGCCUUCUUUUACAAAUGCGAAAACAAAUGACGAUGAAAUGGGGGUAAAACCAUUAGAACCAGCGAAGCAAAGUUCCACAGAUUCCGUAGCCUUAUUGAAUAUGAAAAGCCCAGGGAACAGAACAUCAGUCUCGAAGUCAAGUGCACACGGUAAAUCGUCUGCCCAAGUCCCUUACAAUAUGAUGGCGCGGGUCAACGACGAAGAUAAUAUAAAUUUAAAGGACUCUUCGGAAAAGUCAUAUCCAGAUAACAGGGCGAAUGAUGUUAAGCUUUCUAAUAAAGAAAUAAUAGAUAAAAUAUUAAAUUUAAUCUUGAAAAAUAAACAAGGUCAUGUAAAAGAAAAAUUAACUUAUGGGAACCAACUUCAGGCAAAUGAAUUAAACAGCCAUCAUCAUCAUUCAAAUAUAGGUUUUGGUAUUGAUGAAGAUUGGCUUCCUUACUCUCCUCAAGGACUCGAUAAGCCAGGCCUCUACGCUAUGAAGUUGCCGAUAAAAGCAAUACAGACUCCGCGUGGUGGAAUUCUUGGGAAACUACAGUUUCAUUUUGCUCCUCUUCAUAAGCAUAUAGAACCA